CGCUGUGUGUGUGGCCUGUUGCGGGACUGGGACUGGUGCCCGCCCGCAAUAUGUCGAGCCACCACUACUCUCCUGUGGACGCCGAGGACCUCCCGGGCAGCUAUCGCUACCGCCAGAAGACGCUGCAGCGGUGGCGGUUCUCGAUGUUCCUCUCCUUUGCCGCGGGCGUCGUCGUUUGCAUGAUCGCCUACCCGCGGCUGCUGCCCUGCAAGGCCUGCGCGCCGUGCGAGAAGGCCUCGCCUCCAGUCAACGUGGCCGACGUCGCAAGCCGAGCCGCGCAAAUCGCCGUCAGCAAGUGUCCCGCCUGCCCCGCCUGCCCCGAGUGCCAGCACAAGCCGUGCCCUGCGUGCGAGCUGUCUUGUCCAAAGAUCCCGGAGUGCCCGUCGAUCGCGGCCGCGCCCGCGGCGUCGCAGCCGGACGACGCCGAGGUGGUCGCGAGGCAUCGCACCAAGAUGCUCGCCAGGGACAUGGUCAACAUCGCAGAGUGCAAGCCGGGCCAGGUGUGCCGCGCCGACGCCCUCAACCGCUCGCGCGUGAUCGGCCAGAAGGGAAUCACUCUCUGGAUGACGGGCCUGUCCGGCUCGGGCAAGACCACCAUCGCCGAGGCGCUCGAGCGCCGUCUCCUCUACAAGCUGGGUAAGAACGUCUUCCGGAUCGACGGCGACAACCUGCGCACCGGCCUCACUAAGGACCUCGGCUUCUCGCCCGACGACCGCGCCGAGUCCGUCCGGCGCGCGUCGCACGUGGCCGCCCUCUUCUCCGAGGCGGGUGUCAUCACCAUGGUCACCCUCAUCUCGCCCUACCGCAAAGAUCGCGACGCCGCGCGCGCACUGCACGAGAAGCAGGCGCCGCCUCCGAGAAGCGGCAUCCCCUUCAUGGAGGUCUUCAUGGACGUGCCCCUCUCGGUCGUCCAAGCGCGCGACCCGAAGGGCCUGUACAAGAAGGUCGCCAAGGGGCUCAUCAAGGGCUUCACCGGCGUCGACGCGCCGUACGAGGCGCCGCGGCACACACCGCCGCACACCGCCGCGCCGCUGCAUGCCGAGCUGACGCUCAAGAACUCGGAGCUGCCUGUCGAGCAGUGUGUCGACCAGCUCGUGAUGGCCCUCACCGCAGCCGGCGCGCUGAGCGGCCACGCCAUGCCGGACGGCCUCACGCCUCCGGACGGUGGGGUGCACAUCAACCGCAUCACCACCGCGCCCGAGGCGCUGCUCGCGCGGCGCAAGGAGGCGGAGACGCUGCCAAAGGUGCCGCUGACGGACAUCGACGUCAACUGGCUCCAGGUGGUCGGCGAGGGCUGGGCGGCGCCUCUGCGCGGCUUCAUGCGCGAGGGCACGCUCGUGCAGACGCUGCACUUCAACUCGGUGCUGCACGACCCGAACAACGUGACGGGCGACUACAACUCGGCGACCACCGACUGGAUGCAGUCCUCCUUCCCGCGCGAGCGCGUCUCCUCGCCCGUGCCGAUCGUGUUGCCCGUCACCGACUUCACGCGCCGCCAGAUCGCGGGCGCGGGUGCGGUCGCGCUCACCAACGCAGCGGGCGUCGCUCUCGCUAUCCUGCGCAGCCCCGAGGUGUACGAGCUUCGCGUGCGAGAGCUGAUUCACCGCACCUUCGGCAUGACGGACGACGAGCACCCGUACGUCAAGGAGCUGCUCAAGCCGGGCAAGGACUACGCGGUCGGCGGCGAGGUCGAGCUGCUCGGCAAGAUCACGUACAACGACGGGCUGGACGCGUACCGCCUGACCGCGGAGGAGCUGCGGGCCGCCUUCAAGGCGAAGGGCGCCGACGUGGUGUACGCCUUCCAGACGCGCAACCCGACGCACGCGGGCCACGCCUUCCUGAUGAAGGACUCGCGGCAGAAGCUGAUGGCGCGCGGGUACAAGAAGCCCGUGCUGUGGCUCUCACCGCUCGGUGGGUGGACCAAGGCGUCCGACGUGCCGCUGGACGUGCGCGUCAAGCAGCACCAGGAGGUGAUGGCGGCGGGCGAGCUGCACCCCGACUGGACCGUGAUGGCCAUCUGGCCCUCGCCGAUGAUCUACGCGGGCCCGACGGAGGUUCAGUUCCACGCUAAGUCGCGCCGCGCGGGCGGCGCCUCUUACUUCACCGUCGGCCGCGACCCGGCGGGCAUGCCCUACUCGUCGGACGGGCCUGGCCACGAGGAGGGAGACGACAUCUACCACCCGGACCACGGCCGGUACGCGCUCAUGUCGUCGCCUGGCGUGGGUGGCAUGCAGUUCCUCGGCUUCAGCAAGGUGUACUACGACAAGAAGGACCACACGAUGCGCGGCAAGGACGAGUCGCGCCCCGACGACUUCAUCUCCAUCUCGGGCUCCAAGAUGCGCAAGCUCGCCGCCCUCGCCGCCAAGCCGUGCCCGCCGACCAUCCCUUCCGACCUGAUCGCCUCCAAGUGCAUCCCGCCCGGCUUCAUGGUGCAAAAGGGGUGGGAGAUCGUCUCGGACUACUACAUCCGCCAAAAGACGGGCGACUGGGUGCCGUACUCGAAGCAGCUCGGAGGGCUGCCGCUCGCGCCAAACAUGCGCAGCUCGGCCGAGCAGCCCUUCGGCAAGGUUGCCUUCACCGCCCAUUUCGUCGGCGCCGACGGGGCGCAGAUCUCGCCGUGGCACAACCUCGCCCUCUACCCGACAGCGAGCGACCCGUCUUUCGUCAACUUUGUGUGCGAGAUCCCGCGCGGCGCCACAGCAAAGCUCGAGGUGCAAAAAGAGAAGCCCUUCAACCCGAUCAUGCAGGACACCAAGAAGGGCGCGCUGCGCUACUACACGUACGGCGCCUCCUUCUUCAACUACGGCAUGCUGCCCCAGACAUGGGAGGACCCCGCCAAGAAGGGCUUCAACGGCACGGUCGGCGACAACGACCCGCUCGACGUGAUGGACCUCUCCUCGCGCACCUGCAAGGUUGGCGAGAUGCGAAAGGUCAAGAUCCUGGGCGACCUCGAGCUCAUCGACCAGGGUGAGCUCGACCACAAGAUCAUCGUCGUCGACGCCGAAGAUCCGCUCGCCGCUUCCGCCUCCUCCGCCGCCGACCUGCCCGCCGGCGUCGUGCCGAAGCUCGUCGAGUGGCUCAAGAGGUACAAGACGACCGACGGCAAGCCCGAGAACAAGCUCGCCUCCGACACGCCCACCUCGGCCGCGCGCGCGGCUGAGGUGGUCAAGGAGUGCCACGAGAGCUGGCAGGCGCUCAAGGCUCGCGGCGCCGGCACCACCGGCUUCUGGCUCGGCUGACGCGGCCGCCCGCCCGCGAGGCGAGACUCUGUGGCUGGGUCAUGCGGCGUACUCGGCAUCGCCCCACUCUCGCUAGGACUUGUGUGGGGGAGCGUCUGUCGGUACUGUGGGGGUCGGCGGCGUCUGUCGCGGCGAGAUGUGUAGGAUUCUGUGGGGACGACAUGCGGGAGAUUUUUUUCGGCGGCUUGUGAGACAGUUGUGGAAGAUGAAGUCAACACACAAAGUG